AUGUCUUCUGAGCCCACUUCAACUGCCUCGCAGCAGUCCCCUGCCUCUCCAUCCUCACCCAGUUCUCUCCAUCUGCCUGAAAACCGCAGGGCAAGAGAUCGCUCCCCGUCGCCCAUGAGGGGGUACCUCAUCCCCAGUCCGCUGCCCACCCGACGGACCAGGACGUUUUCAGCAACCGUGAGAGCGUCGGAGGGUCCCAUCUACAAAGGCGUCUGUAAAUGCUUCUGUCGCUCCAAAGGCCACGGCUUCAUCACUCCUGCAGAUGGAGGGCCUGACAUCUUCGUGCACAUCUCUGAUAUCGAAGGCGAGUAUGUUCCUGUGGCAGGUGACGAGGUCACCUACAAGAUGUGCACCAUCCCUCCGAAGAACGAGAAGCUCCAGGCGGUGGAGGUGGUGAUCACCCACCUGGCGCCCGGAACCAAGCACGAGACCUGGUCGGGGCACGUCGUCAGCUCCUGAGGUGACCCAGGGGGAGCGCGGCCGCUGCCUGCACGGGCACUGCUGACAACUGGCUGCAGGGGACCUGUCCUCAGAAUAUUCUGUGUAUUGCGUGGGAGGAAAUAGUGCAUUGUCAAUAUAGCAGAAGCAGGCCAAAAUUACCUUUUUUACAGCUGGCCUAAAAAAAGA